AUGGAUCGCACUGAAGAUGGACACAAUAGCACUUACUGCAUUCCAGUUGGCUUGACGAACCUCCAAAAGGACUUGAUCGAAAUUCUUGUUUCUAUGCAUGCCAGAUCAUUACUAGAGCUUAGUAAAGAAGGAGCUUUACCAAAAGAUGAGGAAGACACAAAUCACGCAAAAUUGAUGUUGCCGGCUCUGUCACCAUUUCAGUUGACAAAUAUGCUUGCAGCGAACAUACGAGCUGUUGCCAACCAUCCAUGUCUUCUUGUCGAGCACUAUAUGCCACGCCAACUUUUGCUCAUGGAACCUGCGGAGAGAUUGAUGGCAGGAAGCGCUAAGUUUCAAAAAUUAGCCACAAUUUUGAACUCUCUUUUGUCCAGAGAUCGGGAAAAAUUCUCCAAACCAUUGCAGAUACUUGUUAUAGCGCAAGGAAUUAAGGAGCUGGAUUUAAUCGAGGGCUUUUGUCUGGGAAAACCUGUAAAACUGAAAAGACUGUCUGGAACGAGUCUUUUUGACGAAAAACAUCUUUAUGGCGAGAUCAACACUGGAUCAAGCACCCCAGUACCAUCGUCAGGGUACAAUAAAGACGAAUAUGAACGGGUGUCUCGGAAAAGUAGGAAUAAUUCGAAGAUUGAAGGCGAUUGGUUGUUUCUGGCCACUACUACCCAUAUAACCCGUUCUUCAAAUUUGAUGGACGAAUUCAACGUCGACUUAGCCAUAGGAUUUGAUCCUCUUGUGGACGAAAACCUUUCAUGCUUCAAAAGAAUGCGCUUGGGAGGGAAAAAAGUGCCUCUUGUAAAACUUCUGGUUCAAGAUUCCCCGGAUCACUACGCUCUUGCGUGCAGAUCUUCAGAAAACAGUGAUGAUCUUUUACUGGACUCUCUCAAGCACUUCCUAUUAAACCGACAAUCGAUAAAUGGAGAUUUGGACUUCAAUUGGACGAAUACACUUGUUGACGAAUUGUUGAAGGCCGAGAAUCUGGAUGUCAAUGCCCUUCCUUCCUGCAAACUGGCAGACAGUAAGCGAAUUAAAAGUUUAGUAGAGUGUGUUUCUCAGUAUCCUGGUCUUUCGCCUCUGUCUGAAAACUUCAAGUUGUCGCCUGUAAAUCGAGAUCUAGAUAUCAAGGACUACCAAAGCAUCCUCAUGGACAUCAUAGUGAGGCGGCUGAAGGCCUGUGAAAAUGAUUUCGACUCUCGUCAGCGACAGGUUCUGGAGGCAAGGCUGCGCGAAACAAUGCGCCAAGACGAGUUUGAUAGUGUCAAAGUACAAGCUGCAAAGACCUUCAAGGAAAUGGAAUCUGAUAAAAGUCAUUUGAAUGACUCCAUUAAAACACUUGAUAAGGUUCAGACUGCUCAUGCUAAAAUAUUUGAUAAUGUAAAAGUCAUCUCGGAACGAAGCACAGCCUUUCAGAAUAUACUCGUGGCGUCAGAAGCUUCUCCUGCAGGUCAGAUAGUUUCUUUGCAAGAGAAACUUGCAAGUUUAAAAUCCGAGCUUACAUCAGAAACUCUUAAUAAUAGUCGAAAGAGCUCUGCGAACGAUGAUUUGCGUGUGAAAUACCAAGUCGAGUCUUCAGAGGCUGCAAACAGAUCCUUGACGCUGAAAGCCCUGCAGGAAAAACGCACAGAAAUUAAGGCCAAAUCAGCUGGGCCUAUAACGACAAUACAUAAGGGCACCUCGAAUGAACAAGAAUUGCAAUUGCGAGAAGAACUUAUACGCGUCGUUCAACAGUCCCAAUUCAUCCAGGGAUAUAUUAAGAAAGUACAAAAACACUACUCACUAAAUGGUAAUGCGAGCCCAAAAAAGACUCCUAACGGAUCGCGUACAAGGCGGGGUAGAAACAUUGAUUAG